AUAUUUGACAAGGAUUCCAGUCUCCCUACCGAUGAUGUAAAUGCACGAUCAAAUAGUUGGGACGUAGCAAUUGACGUGAAAGACAACUUCUUUCUGCUGACUGCUCUGGAGAAGCCCGGGACUGAGAAAUCCUGCUGGGUUAAAAGACUUGCUAAAACCGCUGAUCUUUAUUACAGGUUUUGUCUGAGAGAAGAAGUCGACUGCAUAGGACUGUCAGUCAGUGAUACAUGGACUAUACCGGCAUUGAAAGCCCCUGCAUCAUUGGAGGAAUAUGGCAACGACAGAGAGUUUGUUUGCAGUUAAGGAGAAGGAAUACUGAAGAAUCCGCUAGAUAUCACUGUUGCUAAUGAAGGCCGUGUUAUGGUGGUGGACACAGAAGAUUCUUGUGUUCACACUUCAGUGAAUACGGCAACCGUCUGAACAAGUUUGAACUGGAACGUUUACAAGGGUAUGGUCCGGCUAAGCUUGCAUUUCAUCGAAAAGGUGCACAUGUCAUCGUCGUGAGUACUGAUGCAGGGAAAGACCUGAUAAGUAUGGAAAUGUACACCAAAGAUGAUGAGUUGAUGCUCAUCGCGCAAAUCCAUCAAGAAGAUAUCUGA